CUCUCUCUCUCUCUCUCUCUCUCUCUCUCGCUUUCUAUUUCGAGCAAGCGAGAUGUGAAAGACUCCCUCCCCCUUGCCGUUGUUUCCUUCCCUUUCUUCGACUCUAAUCCCCAAAUCCCCCGCCUCCCCCACCCCCAACCAAAACCAUGCGCUCCAAGCGCCUCGCUUCGCACUCCAAGAGCAAAGCCUCCUCAUCCUCCUCAUCUCCCUCCUCAUCUCCGGCCGCUGCCGACACCCGACCGCCAGCCACGGAGCACUCUCCCUCCACCGACGGCGGCCGUGGUCGCCGCUCGCCCCCUCAGACCUCUCCUUCCUCGAAGGUCCUCCCCGAACCACCCCGCGCCGAGGCGGCCGGCGCCUCCGGGGGGCGCGCCGCCACUUCGAGGCGCAGCGAGCGGAAGCGGAAACCCCGGGAGUUCGCGGGGAGGAACUCCUCCAGCCUCCGGCAGAAGAAGGUGUGGUCGGAGCCCGACGAAAUCGCGCUCCUCAAGGGCGCCCUCGCCUUCCGCUCCCGCACUGGCGCCCUCCCCAAGCAGCCCACCAUGUUCCCCUUCUUCGCGUCCAUUAAGAGCGCCAUCGGCCCCCACCUCACCGCGGAGCAAGUCGGCUACAAGCUCAAGCGCCUCAAGAGCAAGUUCGUCCACUCGGCCAACGCGGGCCCUCCCGUGAGCGCCACUGCCCACGACCGGCGCAUCUACGAGCUCUCCACUGAGAUCUGGUCCGAAGAGGUCAAACAGGCCGAUGGGGAUGCCGAGGAGGAUGGCAACGGGGACGUGGCCGCUGCUGCCGACGGUGAUGAGGAGGAGGAGGAGGAGGACGACGAGGAGGAUGACGCUGUCGUGGAGGAUGAUAAGUACCCGUUCAUCAGGGAAGCAGCAUUAGAGUAUUGGAAGGUGAACGGACGGUGCCUGUCGGGUGUGCUACUGGAGAAGGGGCUGAAGUUGAUUGAUCCUUCCAAGGGGGUAGUGCUGGAGGAGAAGCUGAGGAAGCAGUGCGCGGCCGAGAUGGAAUUAUGGACGAAGCGGCUUGAUCUGUUGAAAGAAAUAUCCGAGCUCUUGAUUGAGGCCCACAAGUGCUCCUAAUGGUAGCUUCUUCUUCAGGUUUAUCACUUUCUGCACACAUUGCGUUGUUUUCCUGUUUUGUACUCAGCUAGAACUUAGAGUAAGUGUCUUUCGUAGUCACUGUUGUUGAUAGUUAUCUAACUAGAUUCUUGUGAUGUAUCCUUCCUUUCUUGGUGAAUAUUGUCUUGUAACAUUGGCAUGUAUGGAGGAUAACCAUUGUGUUUCAA